CUUUCUAUAAGUAGCGAAACACUCGAUCAGCGCCUAAUGCUAUAAAUACCAUAAUCUGAAAAACCCUAGACCUCGCUAAGUAUACUUCACACAAGUAGCUGCCGUAGCAGAGCACCCGCGUAGUUCCUCUGUCCAUCGCUGUGUUAAUUUCAGAGACAAGCCGCAUACCUUUUUGUUCGUUAUGUCAGUCGCAUUCUACGAUCUGGGCUCUGCUACUGGCCUGAAAAAGCUUGAUGAGUACCUCCUCACUCGCAGUUACAUUACUGGAUACCAAGCUUCGAAGGAUGAUAUCACCGUCUAUGUAGCUUUCUCAGGGGCUCCAUCCUCCAGCUACGUGAACACUUCUCGGUGGUACAACCACAUCGACGCCCUUUUGAGGAUCUCAGGUGUUUCUGGAGAAGGGUGUGGUGUGACUGUUGAGGGAUGUGCUCCUGCAGAGGCUGUUGCCACUCCUCCGGCUGAGGAUUCAAAGGCUGCAGCUGCUGAAGAUGAUGAUGAUGAUGAUGACGUGGAUCUGUUUGGUGAAGAGACUGAGGAGGAAAAGAAGGCUGCAGAAGAACGUGCAGCUUCCUUGAAGGCCUCUAGUAAGAAGAAAGAAUCUGGCAAGUCUUCAGUGUUGUUGGAUGUCAAACCAUGGGAUGAUGAGACUGACAUGAAGAAACUUGAGGAAGCAGUAAGAAGUAUUAAGAUGGAAGGACUGCUUUGGGGAGCAUCUAAACUUGUGCCUGUUGGUUACGGAAUAAAGAAGUUGCAAAUUAUGAUGACCAUUGUGGAUGAUUUGGUGUCAGUUGACACUCUCAUUGAGGAACAUCUAACAACUGAACCUACUAAUGAGUAUGUUCAAAGUUGUGACAUUGUUGCCUUCAACAAAAUCUAAUGUGUGUCCAUUGCUGUUUGGAAUGCGUGCACUAGCAGUUUUUUGGAGAGGCCUUCUAUGAUGUAGCUUAUAUGUUUUGUGUUUUUGUUCCAUAGAACUUAAUAUGUGAUUUUUGUGCUGGAUAUGUCUCUUUAAUGGCUGUCUUAGACAAUUUUUCUCUUAAUGGAUCGAUUUGACUAUGGAAUAUCAGUUACUGUGAGAUUGAGAUUGA